GAUACAAAUUAUUUUUGGAGGGGGUUCCCUUGUAUGCCUGUCAUGCAUUUGUCUAAGUGGACGUGUCCAUGUUUGAUGCAGGUGCUGAAGAAGUUCAGUUAAUAGGAUAAUAAAUGCUAUUAAAAGAUCUUUUCCAUGAUGCUCUAUCUUACGUGCUGUAACGACAACACGUUCCUCGUGAAAUUCCCUCAAAAACCAUCCAGGUAUUUGGAAUCCUUCAGUCACAUUUUUUACCGUCUUUGUAUCCACCUAAAGAAAAAAUCAGGAAUUGAGGUCUUAUAAAUAUGUAACUACAGCACAACCUUUCCUUACUGCUUGUCUGCCUCGGGGAAUGGCACUGUUGGCCGUCAUGCGUUUGCUUUGUGAUUUUGAGAUUCUAAAGGCUCACUCCAGUUAAACUACUCUUCUCAGGAGCAUCUUAAUUUUCAGGUCUUCCUUUAUCUUUAUGGAGGCGUUGUAGCUUUGAAGACCGGUAACUGCUGUUGGGUAUCCUUUGGAUUUUUAGAUCAGAGCUAUGUCACACCUGUCAGAAGCUUGAGACUGACACUGCACAGUGAUGUUUGUGGUGCAGCCUGGAGAAAACGCUUUGGAAAACAUGUAGCUGGCUUGUCACUCAUCUUUUAAGACAGAAAUACAGGAGGAGGGCAACUUGCUGAGCCCUGGGAAAGCCAUGGUGCCAACCCGGGGCUGUGGGGAUGUGGCAGCUCCCAGAGCCCCCCCAGCACUCACAGUGAGGACCCAGCAGGUCUCAAAGCUUGGUGUCCCUGAGAAGGCCGGGUGCUGGAGCUGUCCCCCAGGAAUGUUAGCAGGACCUCAUCCUUUCCUAUUCCAAAGGAAAGCUCGUUUGGAAACUGCUCCUCCUUUAGGGUGAACUUUGGCUUUAGUUGAGCCAGGCAUUAGAAUUGAUUUUGGCAGAGGCGUGAUUUUUGUUCCUGUGGUUUACUAGCUCUCUACAUGGCAAUAACCUUGCAAGGGGACAGUUUAGCUCUAAGGAAGGCUUUUAUUCUUUUGCACAAUCUACAAAGACAUCUGUAAUUACUGCUGGUAACUAAGGCAACCCAACUUUAUGAGUGAUGCCUGCAUGCGGCGGAGCUGUGGGUUAUGGGGUGUAAGUGCUCUCCGCAGGCUGGGACGUGGCCCAGCUCUGUUGGAGGAGCUGCUGAGCCCGAGCUGAGCCUGCUGAGCUUGGAGAGAGGAAAUGGCCGUAAACAGCUCUCUGAGCUUCGCUGGCACAGUGCGGGGCUCUGAACGUGGGGUACGUUUGUUCCAUUUGGGUUCGGCACCGGAAGGCCACGCAGAGGGAUGGCGGCGCGGUUGGCGCGCUCUGAAAGGAAGGACUGCAUCACUGGUCUCAGUCCUGCUGUGUCCCUAACGAGGGCGUUCAUCUGGCCCAGGGAAAUUAAAUCACUUGUCCAUUCACUCUCUGCACGGCCUCGGGUGGCCCAGGGUGGGACAAAUUGCUCCUGGCACCCGGCCUGCUGGAUGCUGGAUGUCAGCUCCUCGGGCAGCACGGGGAUGGGCAGGACCUGCAUGGCCUGCUCUGCUCUGAGGACUUCGUUCUCUCCUUGGCUUUGCUCCCUUACUGAAAUAACAGAGUAAUUCUGAAGCGUAACAGCUCUCCGUGUAGCGGGAGAAGCAGGGUUAUAUAAAUGGGCUCUUCGGUCUCUGCAGCUCCGUUCUUUGUGGCAGGUUGUGUUCGCAGGCAGCGUGAGGAUCCUCGCAUCCUUAAUGUUAGGAACGUGUCGGUGCUAUCUGUGGGUUUGUGUGGGGGUGGGAAAGCUUUCUCCUCUGUAUUAAUGGAGCAAAGUUCUGUGGAAGCUGACUCAGUUUCAGAGAUGAGUUAAAGGCAAUCGGCCAUUAAUUUUUUUUUUUAACUUUUCUUUACAUUAGUCAUUUGGGAAGACCUUUAAAUAGCACGUAUUGAUUUUACUUAUUAAUUUAAACGAGUUGCUAGCCAGACAAAAUGCAGGAUUUUCUUAUGGCGAGCUCUUUGGUAAAAUAUGAAAUUCACCCCUUCUGGUAAAUCUGAGAACGUUCAUCAGGAUGCUUUAGAAACAGCUGCUCUUCGUGUUUUUUGGGAAGAUCUGAUUGGCCUUCUUCAAAAAGAACAAGGUUUUUGCUUUUAAAAUGCACAGACCAACGUGGUGGAGUGGAGGCCCUAUGGACGUGUGUUGUUCUGACCUUCACUUUGGUGUCCAGGGGGUCUUGCUGUGUCCUCUGAUCUGCAUCUGUUGCCUGCUGGGAGGUUGGAAAAUAAUGACUGUCUGGAUGCUGGCAUCGUAGUGCUGACAAAUAAAUCUUAGUGGCACGCUUCUCUGGGUUAAAGAAGCUCUUCUGUGCACUGCUUGGUUUGGGAUCCUGCAGGCUGUCUCUGCCUGUGACUGUAAGCAGCAUCCAAUGGGCACAGGUGUCUGCUCACCUCUUUCAGUUUCGUUUUCCCUUUCUUUAUUUGCUUGCUUCCUGUAUGUACUUCUGCUUUGGAGACUGAAAGCUUGGAGAAGCCACUCGCGCUUUCACAUCCCUGCUUUGCCCUGCUUGGUGAGGCACAAAGGAAGGCUCGGCUGUUUGAAAAGCAAGGCUGAGAUUUUAAAGCUAUGGUCAGACUUCACUCAGCCAAAGGUUUCAACAGAGGAUUUUGAUCGGUGCAGCACGGAGGUGCAGCUGAAUGUGGCCGUGUCUCAGUGGUGCUCAGAGGCUCCUUGCUGCAGUGCAGCUGGGUGGGAGCUGAAUGCUGGCUGUGCUGUAGGCACGCUGCUUUCCUCGGGGACACAAAACCUGGCUGUGUCAUUGCCUGCUGCCAGCCCUGUGAGUGCUGAACGUUUAACAAGGGGUGCCCUCCCUUCUGGCUUUUCAUUUGGCCAUACUGGGCUGCUGGUAUGAAAACCACAAGAAUGUCAUGUUUGGUAAGGGGAACACAUAGCAGGUUGUAAAUAGUUAAUAAUUGUGCUUUGUCAGGGGAAAAGUCACUGUGUAUGAAAAUACAUGCAUUAGCAGAGGUCAGUAGACUGUUCUGGGGAAUGACCCUACACUCUUCACUGGCUUCGUACCCUUCUUCAGAGGCCAUCUGUGGUACAGCCUGGAUGUGCAGCUAUUGGUUUAACCUGCUUCAGCCUGUUCUGUCCUGAGACAAGCACAGUAAGCGACAAGGAGAAGGGUAUUAAACCUGAAGCUGACGGGGACUGUCCUUUGGAAGGAAAACUCUGAGCAGGUCUCCAGGCUGCAUUAAGCAGAGUUCCCGAUCCUCUGAGGCAGGCGAAGAUGAAAAGGACCAGCGCACAGUGACAGUCAACCCCUCGCACAUGAGAAAGGCAUUCAGGGUCAUGAAUGAAUUGCGGAGCAAGCGACUCCUCUGUGACGUAGUGAUUGUGGCAGAAACUGUGGAGAUGGAAGCCCACCGCGUGGUCCUGGCAGCCUGCAGCCCUUAUUUUUGUGCGAUGUUUACAGGAGACAUGUCUGAAAGCAAAGCCAAGAAGAUCGAGAUAAAAGACGUGGAUGGGCAGACACUGAGGAAGCUGAUUGAUUACAUCUACACAGCUGAGAUAGAGGUCACGGAAGAGAACGUGCAGGUAUUGCUGCCAGCUGCUAGUUUAUUGCAGUUGAUGGAUGUUAGGAAAAACUGCUGUGACUUUCUUCAGUCCCAGCUGCAUCCCACGAACUGCCUUGGAAUUCGAGCCUUUGCAGAUGUGCACGCAUGUACUGAGCUGCUGCAGCAGGCAAAUGCCUAUGCAGUGGCUCCCAGAGUUACAGCAUGGACGGAUUUGGAGGCAUACAGGAAGAAGAAACUUGUACAGUUGCAAUCUAAGUGGAAGGAGGCAAAACUGCCCAGGAAGCACUUUCCUGAAGUGAUGCUAGGAGAAGAAUUUCUUAGCCUUAGUCUGGACCAGGUUUGCAGUUUAAUAUCAAGUGACAAGCUCACAGUCUCCUCUGAAGAAAAGGUCUUUGAAGCGGUUAUUUCUUGGAUAAAUUACGAGAAGGAGUCUCGCUUAGAGCACAUGGCCAAACUGAUGGAGCACGUUCGCCUCCCCCUUUUGCCCAGAGAUUACCUUGUACAGACAGUUGAAGAAGAAGCUUUAAUCAAGAAUAACAACACAUGUAAAGACUUCCUUAUCGAGGCCAUGAAGUAUCAUUUGCUUCCUCUGGAUCAAAGGCAAUUGAUCAAGAACCCCAGAACAAAGCCAAGGACUCCCGUCAGCCUGCCAAAGGUGAUGAUUGUGGUUGGCGGACAAGCGCCCAAAGCCAUCCGCAGUGUGGAGUGCUAUGACUUUGAGGAGGAGCGGUGGGACCAGGUUGCUGAGCUUCCCUCCCGGAGAUGUAGAGCAGGUGUAGUGUUUAUGGCUGGCAAUGUUUAUGCUGUUGGAGGCUUUAAUGGAUCUUUAAGGGUACGCACCGUUGAUGUGUACGAUGGCGUGAAGGACCAGUGGACAUCCAUAGCCAGCAUGCAGGAAAGAAGAAGCACUUUAGGUGCAGCUGUGCUCAAUGAUCUCCUGUAUGCAGUGGGCGGUUUUGAUGGCAGCACCGGUCUGGCAUCAGUUGAGGCCUAUAGCUAUAAAACCAAUGAGUGGUUUUUUGUGGCUCCCAUGAACACAAGAAGAAGCAGUGUUGGAGUUGGAGUUGUGGAGGGUAAGCUCUAUGCUGUGGGGGGUUACGAUGGAGCAUCUCGCCAGUGCCUUAGUACUGUAGAGCAGUACAACCCGGCCACCAACGAAUGGACCUACGUAGCUGACAUGAGCACUCGACGCAGCGGUGCAGGUGUUGGUGUUCUCAGUGGGCUGCUGUAUGCGACGGGAGGGCACGAUGGUCCCCUGGUCAGGAAGAGUGUGGAAGUCUACGAUCCAGGAACAAACACCUGGAAGCAAGUAGCAGACAUGAACAUGUGCCGAAGAAAUGCAGGUGUGUGUGCGGUGAAUGGUCUCCUGUAUGUGGUGGGAGGAGAUGAUGGCUCCUGCAACUUGGCCUCUGUGGAGUACUACAACCCCAUCACGGACAAGUGGACAUUGCUGCCAACCAGUAUGAGCACAGGGAGGAGUUACGCAGGUGUUGCUGUGAUUCACAAGCCGUUGUGACACACAGUCAAGCCAUUGCAAGGAGCAGAAGUGAAGUGGAUCCAGCUAGGUGGUGUUGGGAAGAUGACUGACCUCCGACUUGACCCAUCUCAUUGCUGUUACCAUCUUCACGUGACAAGUGAUACGUUACAAACAUCAUCUGCUCUGCGGUGGAUCGCGUAGCAAAGCGAACGUCCUUCUGGGGAUGUGUUCCCUGCUAGACACGAGGUGUUGCUUGUUAUCUGUGGUGCAAUCAACUGUUUUUCUCGAUGGCAAGUGUCCUGGGAUAAAUACAGUGCUUGAACUGCAGGCACUGCAUUUCUUGUGUGAAACAAAACUGCUACGUUUGGGCAUGUGAGUAAAAACGAACACUUCUGGAUUUCUUCACUACUGAUGCUCCGUACCCACCGUUGGUUGAACUGUUUUCUCACUGUACCCAGAGGGCAGACCUUACUACUGACAGUGGAAACUUCUGAGUACCGACUGAGAAAAGCAGUCAGCAGGAACGGACUGGAACAGGGUGCUCUGGCUUGAGUGUGACACUGUCUCAGUCAUACGUUUGUACAUGCCACUGGACUACUGUAUGUGUCCCUGCAACGCGUGUCGUAUGGUGGAAAUAAAUACCAUGUGAUUUUUCUACUUGCCAUGAAUGCUGUUUCCUAUACGUGCUGGGCUAUGCCUUCCCUGGGGCUGAUAUCUCAGCAGCUCUAGACACAAAACCUCUCAGCCCCAAAGAAAACAUGCUGCUCUGACAGGGUUCAUUGCUCCUGUGAAACAAAUACUGCUUGAAGAGAAACUAUUCCCUACCCAUGCAUCUCCCCAGUGUUGCCAGCUGUGCUGGAAGCCCCAGUUCUAACUCUGCCCAGCAUUUCAAUGCCAUUUCAUAAUAGAGUGUUUAGAUGUCAAAAGAAGGAUCUUAUGGUGCCAUUAAUGUAGGAAGUACCUGCAGUGAGAACCCUCUGUCAGUCAGGCAGUGGUUAAUGAGCACGGUAACAAACAUGCAGUGUCUUAAAGCUUCCAGAGCGUGGAGAUCUCUCUAAUCACUGUCAUUGUAACUGUUAUUUUAAUCUUCCCUGUACUGAAAGGGUUCUGCUGUUAGUACAAAGAAUUUAUAUGGUUAUUCAAAACAGACAAAUCUAGACAUAGCUGUGAUGCAGUCAUCUUGCUUACAUCACAGAUGCUCAGAGCUUUCUGUUUAAGAGGAUGCUUGACUUGCAAAUACCUUUGUUUGCCUCCUUGUGAGCUCUGACAUACAGCGUGCAGGAAUGUAGGCUCCCAGGAUAUUCUCCUGAUGUAUUCUUUUUUCCCCUUCCCCACUCCCCUUUUUUAUUUCCUUUUGUUUCUUUCCCAUCUCACUACCUUUGAUUUAUGUGGCCUUUUGUGAGGACCUGUCUCACUCCUUUUCCCUGUGGAUCAGCUGAGGCUUUCUGCUGGGAGCAGCUGGCCUGCAGGACCGUAUCUGCUUGUGUUCCCAUUGAGCUCCAGCGCUAAGUGCUGUUCUUUCCUGGUGUCUUUCUCCAUAGAUCUGUCAAAAGCGCUCCAGGCAAACUUCUGCAGUAGAAAAGAAAAAUACCUAAAAAUCGAUUUCAGAGGCAUCUAAGGCUAAAUCAGCUUGUGCAGCUUUCCUGGGUGUAUACGUUAGUUCUGUAAAUGAGCACAUUUCAGUGUUCGAGUUGACAUGGUCCUUGUACCAUGGGCACCUGCUCUCUCUGGGGGAAACAGCGCCUACCCUUGCUGCUUCACCUCCCACGGGGGAGGGCUAACAAUAAUAAGUCCUUUCUAUACUAUCCUUUAAGUCUCAUGUUGGGUUCUACAAUUUGCUGUGAAACGUGCCAAAAUAACAGCGUAACAUGCUGCUCUUUUUGAUGGCUGGUCUUAUUGUAAAAGCUGUUGAGGUUGGUGGCAAUGUAACCCAGGCUGAAUCUGGCUUCAUAUCAGAGUCCUCAGAUACAUCUUGACAAUGACAUAAGCAAGGUGAUGCCUUGGCUUGGGGUGACUUUACCCCUCAAGCUGGUUGCCAGAUGUGUGCCUUGCAUACAGCCUGUGGGAAUAUGGCAUAAAUGAGAUAGGCAAAGCUUUUCAGUCUGUUAUCAUCUCUUAUUGGAUGGAGAUCAGUUAACAGGAUGGACGUGUAUUUGAGCACACCUGUCUCUUGUUAGGUCUCAAAUAAACAUAGGAAAUGUAAAGUUAAAAGCUUUGUUAUAGCUGACUAUAGCUGCCAAACUGAUCUCAAUUGUAGCAUCGCUGGAGCAAAGGCAAAUGUUAUCAAGAGAUUAAGAGCUUUUUUUAAAUCUCUAACCCACAGAAAGUGCUGAAGAGAUGCAAGUCUGAAGCUUGCUGGGUUGAUGAGAUGUCAUGAAGGGUGAAUAUGCUUGAAAGCUGGGUAAUUUUUUCCCCAAUUUACAUUGUUUUAUAAACCUUCCUUGCUUAUAAGGCAAACAGCUUUUGAUGAUUCUCUGCUAUUGUAAAAUGGCAUUUAUUGAUGCUGGUGGCUGAGACCUGCGGCUUGCUGGACAGGGCUGGGGCUUGGCUAUUGCCAGUGCUCCUGGCUGCAGCCACAGCUCCUCCACCCCAACCAAUUCCCCUUUCCUUCUCAAUUGUUGCAGUGUUAUGCAAGCCAAGUGACCUCGUUUUCCAGCUAUGCAAUAUGAACAACUGUAACACACGAAGAACCAGCUGUAUCCCCUCCCCUUGAAAUGCUUUUGGAAUUUGUUUGUCUUUGGUGUGUUGUGUUUGUAUGAUUCAUUCUGAGCACCUGAGCCAGCCCCUUUAAAGACUGCCUUUUUCUAGGACUGAAAGCAUAGCAUUAGUGCUAACAAUUUUACUGUACACAUCUUUUUAUAAGACUUUUAAAUAACGUUGGGAUUGCUUUUUAUGGCCGCUGAUGACUCCUGUGUUAAAUUCUGGAUCUGAUUCUUACCCUCCUGUGCAGUUUUUGCUGGCUGUGAUGUAGGUGUGAAUUUGUAUGGAUUCUGCACAAGAAAUGUAAUGUUGUAACCAAGGUCUGGGAUAGCUCUUAUGUUGGUUCUAACACAGUGGAAGGACAGCAUUGGGCUCAACGUUCUGAAACAAAACCCAUUACCUCAGUCAGCAGCACGCUCUUAGAUUGCUGGCUAUUGGAAAACAGUUUCAAUGCUCUGAUUUAACUUUGUUUGCUUUCUGGUCGUGGUGGAUGAGCUGUCUGCCUCGUGGUGUGAGUGCUGCUUGUGGGUGGAGGUGCGAUGUGCCCACGGGCUGCCAGAACUGAUGGAGUUAUUACAGGAGGUUUUGUGAAAGCUUUACAAACUAAACUCAGGCGGCCUCCCCACAAUGGUUUGUUGGGAACACGAAAGGCUUUUCUCAGCUCUUUGGGGGUCUCUGUGUGCUGACCCCUAUGGGACUGUAGCAGUGGGUUUCCCCAAGGUGACCUUGCACAGAGCUCUCAGCAUCCCUGGGCGCAGGCUGGUGAAGGGGCUCACACACUGCUGGCUCUGCAAGCAGCCCGCCAUAUGUAAAGCAGGAUGGAUUUGCCUCAAGCAAUCUGCUGUUUACACAAGUUUGAAUCAAGUCCAUCUUUUCCAUUUGUGCCUAAUAGAUAAAUUGGGGGUGAUUAAAACCAAUUUUCGGUUCAUUCAGUUUAUCCAAAUAUUUUUUUUUUCGUACAGAUGUGUACUGCACUGUAAUUACCAUAAAUUUACUCGGCGGCAUUUGCAUGACAACACCACGAAAGCUUAAUACUGUUCUCUUGUUUGCAGCAUUUGGAGACCACAAUCCUUGCUAUCCAGUGAUGUGUGAUGCCCGAUUCAUCCAGCUCAGGUGGUGCUUCAGCAGGUAGCUGCACCUUGUUUCUAACCUGUGGGAUUCAUCGCUCAUAAACCUUAGCAUUGGAGCAGUUCCCCCCUGGCUUCAUAUUGUGCCCAUACGUGGGCACACGCACAUACCUACAGCCUGAUGCUCAAACCACGGGCUUUGGGAGUCUGCUAGAUGUUAUAGACUGCAGAUGAGUGUUUUUUUCCCUCCUGCCUUUCUGGUUUUAUAAAUUAUUUUCCUUUACGGUGACAAUAAAGAAGCGUUGAGGGUUUUAAUUUGUGUAUUUUAUGUAUUGAAGGAAAAAACCAACAACCAAACCAACAACAACCAAACAGCUUUAAGAAUCACAGAAGACUGUGAAGCAGUUUACCUGGGGGUGAAGUUCUUUGCUUGCGUAAAGCAGCCGCUGUUGGUUCCACAGCUGACAGUAUCACAGUGAGUGGUGUCAUUCGAGCUCAUUAUUUAAUUAAAAGAUUCUGAGUGUGUGUGAGUGUGAAGGAUGAAAGACUUGCAAAUCAGCUCUCCUGAUGGCUGCCUUGUCCAGGGUGAUGAGCGGUGCAGGGAAUGCUCUUCACUGGUGUAUUUAUGACAAAAUCACGUCGUUCUCUGUACUUUAUUUGAAUAAAAACUGGACUAAUGCAA